AUGAGCGGGUCCCCACCUAUUGUGAUUUGGAUCGCACUCGUCGUCAGCUUCCUGUUCGUGGUGCUGUCGGCCCAAUGGGCCCGGAUGCACAGGGCAAAGCGAAGAUACGCCGGAGACGUGGAGAGUCACCGCGAUAGCAUAGCUCGGCAGCGAGUGGAACGAGGAGAGAUGCAUCUCUCCGCACUGCGAACGCUAUCUCGCAAUCGUAAUCAAGCGCAGGCCACGAUAUCCCUACCACCCCCCCUCAUCCGUCACGGCAGCGUCCACUCCGAAUUUAACCAGGAGCUCCCUAAAUACACGAAGAGCAGCGUCGAUGCCGUUGUUACAGGUCCGGUAUACCAGCCGCCAGCGCACGAUCCGAUACCCGAUAGCAAUCCUCCCGCGUACGAUGCACGUCUAGACGAGGAACCCGCGCCCGCGCUGCACCCGUAG